GCUCUCCUGUUGAAGUUGUUAUUGUUUAUAUCAGACUCUUGAUAGAAGAAGUGACGAAAAACACGAAAACGAACCUGUCGAGUUUCCACGAAAGCGACAACUCUCAGCCCGCAGCUUUUCAGGGACGUAAUGAGAUAUAGGAGUAUUGCCCCGACACAUAUGUUAACACGGGGGGUGCUAAACUCAUGGAGCUUCGUAACGGUACACAGGAGAGAAGAAUAACGAGCCUCCGGCGGGGCUGCAAGCGAGCCAAGCCGCCCAGCGCUCACAUAAGGCGGGAUGAAGGUAAGGCUCUGCGGCCGCUGCCCGUGGAGACCAACGAGGAUGAGGAGGAGCUCAUGGAGGAAGGCAACUGUUUCUCCACGGGCUUCCUCAAGCAUGACAUUCUCCAUCCCGCAAUGUUCUUCAAGACACCCAGGUAUAGCUUGAUCCGGGAGGUGGGUCGCGGGAGCUACGGUGUGGUGUACGAGGCCGUCGCCUGCAGGUCCGGAGCCCGCGUGGCCGUGAAGAAGCUCCGCUGCGACGCGCCCGAGAAAGUUGAGCUGGCGCUGGCCGAGUUCUGGGCCCUGGCGAGCCUGGAGAAGAAGCACGAGAACGUGGUGCAACUGGAAGAGUGCGUGCUGCAGAGAAACGGGAUGGCACAGAAAAUGAGCCACGGGAACAAACGAAACAAGCAGUAUUUGAGAUUAGUGGAAACCUCACUGAAAGGUGAGCGUAUCUUGGGCUACCCAGAGGAACCGUGUUAUAUUUGGUUUGUUAUGGAGUUCUGCGACGGCGGGGACCUGAACCAGUACAUCCUCUCCCGGCGGCCCAACCCACGGACUAACCAUAUCUUCAUGAAGCAGAUGACCAGCGCUGUGGCCUUCCUCCAUAAGAACAACAUCGUCCACCGGGACCUCAAACCAGACAACAUUCUCAUCUCGCAGAAAUCCGGCAGUCCGGUGGUCAAGGUCUCCGACUUCGGCCUCAGCAAGGUUUGCGCGGGACUCAGCUGCAUGGAGAACGAAGGCAACAAUCAGGUUAACAAAAACAUGGUGAACAUUAACAAAUUCUGGUUGUCGUCAGCAUGCGGCUCUGACUUCUACAUGGCUCCGGAAGUGUGGGAGGGCCACUACACUGCCAAGGCGGACAUUUUUGCGCUCGGGAUCAUCAUUUGGGCCAUGAUCGAACGGAUCACGUUUAUCGACGCCGAGUCCAAGCGAGAGCUCCUCGGCACAUAUGUUCGCCAGGGAACCGAGAUCAUCCCGGUGGGCGAGGCCCUGCUAGAGAACCCAAAGAUGGUCCUGAACAUCCCACAGAAGACCCGGAGCAUCAUGUCUGAAGGCGUCAAGCGGCUUCUGCUGGACAUGUUGGCGGUCAAUCCACAAGACCGACCCGACGCAUUUCAGUUGGAGGUUAGAAUGGAUCAAGUCACAUGUGCGGCGUAAGCCAACCCGAUUGGCCGAAACAAGCAUGCAACUUUUUCAGGUUUGCAGAGCAGGACUGUAAACUGAUGGAAAUGAAAAAGGGACAGCGGAUCCUGGAACUGUGAAUUUCAUUUCGUGACUGCUUUCAAAAAACAGAAGUGAAAUCAAAUGACUUGACAUCUACAUUUAAAACCCCUCACAAGGAAAUGCUAUGCAGGGUUUUUUUUAUUGUUGUUAUUAUUAUUAUUAACACGCUUUUUCUACUCCGGUGCGUCGGAUUCCUCUUGCAAGUCUUCCAAACUGACCAUGCUUUUUUCCUGCUCAGAUCUCACCAGAAUGAUUUCACGUGGACCAGAUUUAGACACAUGUCCUCAAACAAACAUAUCCGUUCUGAAUCUCUGUGAA